AUGUGGGGAGGUGGAAACCAGAAUUCGGGGGGUCCAGUCGAACGAAUUACUGAUGAGCUGAUAGAUCGUUUCGUACCCGGUGGAGAAAACAGCGCGUUAGGCGAACGACUUGAUAAUAUGAUCGGUGGUAAUCCAAAUCCGACCUACGGACAAAUGCAUAAUCACUCUGGUGCAGAGCAAGGCUAUAAUCAGGGUAGUGGAUAUGGCGGUGGCCCUCCAGACAGAAAUAUGGGUCAAGCAGAAGGAAAACCAUCACCAGGACAGCGAGGUGAUGCAGCACAACUUCGUCAGUAUAAUGAUAAUAAUAACCGAACAAAACUAACAAAAGACGAACACAAUAAGUGUAAUGAAAUUAUACAUCAUCCAUCUUUAAAACAUACACCGAAAUAUGAUGGCUUUCUAGAUGCUACGAAACAAAAACAUCAAGCAUUUAAAUAA